AUGCAUUUAGUUAUCUUUAAUCCUACAAAUAAUACUUUGGCUAUUCUAGCACAAGCUAAUUAUCAAAAAACAACUCUUACUGCUUUCUUUAAAACAUAUGCAACUCUUGAAUCUGCCUGUUUGCAAUUGGGCAAUUAUACUUUGCUAGACUCUUAG